UGGACCGUUGCUUCCGGGUGUCCUCAGUGAAGAAGAAAUCCCCUGUCCCGUUUUUUUUAUGUGUUGUUUUUGUGUAUUUUCUAAAGAACGCUAGUUGCUGCGUUUAGAAAAAAAAAUGAACAGGAUAUUCGGUCGCGGGAAACCCAAAGCGCCUCCCCCGAACCUGUCGGACUGUAUCGGCAACGUGGAUGCCAGGGCAGAGUCCAUAGAGAAGAAAAUUGGGCGUCUGGAUGCUGAACUUUUGAAGUACAAAGAUCAGAUGAAAAAGAUGAGAGACGGGCCCUCGAAGAAUAUGGUGAAACAGAAGGCGAUGAGAGUCCUGAAGCAGAAGAAAAUGUAUGAAGGUCAAAGGGAGCAGCUGGCUCAGCAGUCGUUUAACAUGGAGCAGGCAAACUACACAAUCCAGACAUUAAAGGACACAAAAACAACGGUGGAGGCCAUGAAGAUCGGUGCGAAGGAAAUGAAAAGGGCUUACAAGGAUGUGAAACUGGAUCAGAUCGACGAUUUACAGGACCAGCUGGAGGACAUGAUGGAAGAUGCCAACGAGGUACAAGAAGCCCUGAGCCGCAGCUACGGCACUCCAGAGAUCGAUGAGGAUGACCUGGAAGCAGAGCUGGACGCGCUGGGUGAUGAGCUGCUGCUGGAUGACGACAGCUCGUACCUGGACGAGGCCUCAGCUGCUCCAUCGAUCCCCGAGGGGAUCCCCAGCGACACCAAGACAAACAAGGAUGGUGUUUUGGUGGAUGAGUUCGGCCUGCCGCAGAUUCCCGCCACAUAAACGAGGAACAGAUUAAAAACGACUGCACUUCGACUGGAAACACUUUUAUAUGUAGGGUAACACUUAUACAUGCAAAAAGAAAACUAAACAGUUUGACCUGAGAACACUACAAUUUUGAAGCUGUCCCAGUGUUGGGUUGUGUAUUGUUACUACUACCGUGCUAGCAUGUGGCCUUGUAACAUACUGAACCUUUUUUUAAAAAAAACAAACAAACCCUAGUCAUACUCAACAACUUGUCAGUGUUACUCACCUGUGUUAGUAUUAAUUUAUUUGUGUUUGUUGCUGCUUUUAUUGUGUUGUUUAGUUAUGAUCAUUUUGAGUUGUGGAGAGGAUUGUCACUAAGCCUGUUAAAAUAAUCUGCGGGGUUAUUUCAAAACAUGCAAAAUAAAUGAUGUGCUUUAAUUUAA